UGCCCUUCACAUAACUAUUUCAUUGGUUAAAUGGAAAGAGCCCAGCCCAUUUGGUGUACUUUUGUUUCCAAAACGCGGAUCCCUGCAGUAAAAACUCAAAUGUUUCCCAGGAAGAAUUUCAAAAGUUUGCAGUCUAAACUUUCUCAAACUUAGGGCCAAACAAUGGGCAAAAGUAAAAGUAAAUUUCUUCAAAUUAUUUGGAAAGUCUGCAAUCUUUGUAUGUCUUUGUUUUUCGCUCUAGCAACGUAUGUUCAGGUUAAUGACCCCGAUGCUGCGAUAUGGAUGGUAGGCUAUGGAGUACCUGCCAUUUUGUGUUUCUUGAUUGGACUCAAAGCAGAUGUAACAGAGACCCUACUUUGGAGAAGGCUAGCAGAUCUCCAUGUUCUCAUAUCCAGUGCUGUUGUUGCCUUGCUGGGAUGGACUCUGUACAAAGAACGCAUCACAGACAUCUUCCAGAAGGAGGAGGGAAGGGAAUUCUCAGGUCUCCUGUUGACGGUUGUCUGGCUUCUACUGUGUAGGCACUCUGGAAGGAGUGAUGUAGGAGUUGGAAGGCUGUUUCCGGGUGUUUCCAUCACAGUGUUCCCCAUUGUGUCCUGGCUUUACUAUUAUAUCAACAAGGACCUGAGGUCCAGCUGGCCAUCCCACUGUAACACUGCCAUAUAGUCAGGUCGUUUUAUAAGCUAGUCUCUCCAGCUGCUGUUUCUCCAUCAGGAUGUAAAAUGUAAAAAACCUGUGGCUCUCAACUCUCUGUGAUCCUGGCAGUGUUCAGACAGUCUGUACUCUUGAACAAGUAUGUUAAGCACUGAGAACAGCGCCAACAUGACGUUAAGAGGGAAGAUGUGAAAAUGUGGAUUUAUGCUUUAACACAUUAAUUGAAAAGAUUGUUUUCAGUACAGAAAUGUCAGGUCUGAAUGUAUUUUGUUUGUCUGGAUAUACUCCUUUCUACAAAUCUACACAUUCCUGAGUGUAAUUCUCUUAUGAUCUCUGCUGCUUUAGUAUUUUUGUAAUCAUUUUAGAUUUUUGAUGAAAAAGUAUUGGAUUGUCCUGAUAUUAAAUUCAAAACCUUUUAUAUUUGAA